AUGACGUCUACAAUUCCGUUUGACCAACAAUAUUUUGUUGAAACAGAAAGAAACAGAAAGUACCAAUGGCUUAGUUUUAUUUUUGGUAUAUUAAUCUUCAUAGCACAUGGAUUGCUUUUUUUCUGGUUACCACGAUACUUGAGACUAAAGCGAGAGAUAAAAGCAAUGAAGUAUAGACCAUUCUUUGUCUUCCUUGAACAUUGGGAGACCUUGAACAGAUGCUUUUGUUUCAAAAUUCCAUUUAUCAACAAGAAUUAUUACUAUAAGCCAAGUCUCCUCAUACUUUUCCUGGUUUUUAUUGCUAUUAAUGCCAGAUUUAGUAUGAUGGAAACGUCGGAUAUUGAUUAUUUACCUCAAUACUACGUCAUUCUGAAAAGAGUCGGAAGGGUUGCAAUGGGCAAUAUGCCGGCUGUUUAUAUUAUGGUAACUAAGAAUGAUUUUGUUGCUGCUUUAACUGGAUUAUCUCCUGAUAGAUUGGUGUUUUAUCAUUUUUGGUUUUCUAGGUUGAUAUAUUUCAUGAUUGUAGCUCACAUAGUUGUCGGUACAAAAUACUGGAAUGCUGUUGGAUUCAAGAAGAUGUUAACUAUUCCUCCUCAGAUAUUUGGCUGGAUUGCUUUUGGAUGUUUCACAAUGUUAGUAUUUGGAAACCUUAAAUUUAUUAGACAGUAUGCUUUCGAUUUCUUUAUGGUGAAACAUAGAAUUUAUUCAUUUAUUUUCUUAUUGUUGGCCUUUUUUCAUAACGGUGGAAAUAAAGCUAUGGUCAUUCUUGCUGUUCAUUUAUUAGUUAUUGAUAGAAUUGUUGGAAGAGUUUUUGGGAUUAUUCACAGGGUAAAGUCACCAACAAAAAGUUGGUCAGAAUUUGAAAUACUCGAUGACGAUACUUUGAAGGUUACUGUUCCCAUGAAAAUGUCCAAGACCGAUGUAAAUAAAUGGUACAAUUUAUUACUUCCAAAGUAUGGUACCUGGAAAGCUGGGCUGCAUGUUCUAUUAAACGUUGGUAAGAUCAGCUUAUUUCAAUAUCACCCAUUCACUAUUGUAAGCAUGCCCGAAACAGGAAAGAUGGUUAUGAUCAUCAAGAAAAAGAAUGGGUUCACAAAGAAGUUAUACAACAGAAAGGAAAAUAAAGACAAAGAUUUGAGCUUCUCCUCUUCUGUUUCUUCACAAGAAUCACCUUCGGACUCUGAACCUGAACCUGAUUAUAAAAGAGUCACUGAUCCUAAUAUUGUCAAGAUGAAAGCUGGAAUUAAUGGUCCUUUCUUUCCUAAACAUCAACCAUUGAUAACUUUUGAUUCGGUUGCUUUUUUUGCAAUAGGGGUAGGUGCAUCUUUCAUAUUUCCUAUUUGUUUGGACUUGUUGCAAGAGAUAGAAAAAAGAGAAUUAGAGAAUGAUUACAUGGGCAGACCAUCUAAUCCAACAAUAUCGAUUUACUGGUCUGUUAGAAAUUUUGCUGAUAUUUCAUGGUAUUCGGAAAGUAUGUAUAAACUUUCCAAAUACAUCAAUUCUAGAAAAUUGUUGAUGCAAAUAUACAUAACAAGAGAAAUCAAUGAAACUAUUACUGAAAACAGUGUUAUAACCCUGACUUCCAAAGCUGACAGUGACUUCUCCUCCCCAGAUGUGUUGACAGAGAAAUUCUACGGGUCAAGAAUGGAUGUACAAAAAUUGGUACAGGGUCAAGCUGCUGCUUUAAACUUUCCAGAAGAAAACUCUUAUAGAUCUUUUGCAGUAUUAAGUUGUGGCUCUGAAGAUUUUGGAAAGACUGUUGAAAUGGAAUGCCAGAAAUUACGUGGUAAAAAGGAAGCCCCAAACAUUUAUUUCUAUAAUGAGUCGUUUUAG